GACACGUCCUCACCGCGCGGGUGCGCGUUGUUCCAUAUAGCCCUGUUACAGGCCUGCAGCUGUGUCGGAUACAGCAACGCGCAGUGCCCCUGCCCACUCUCCGUCUGCCACCCGCGGCUGUCCAGCGAUGGCGGGAGCGUACUCGUGCUAACGCAAAAAGUCGAUCGGUACUGAGGUGCGCGGUGGCGGCGUAGCCAGCAGAAACGGGCCCUCGACAUCAAGUCAGGUCCAUGUCAGAAAAACUACGCGGCGAAAAAGACGACAGGUCACUGCGGCAACCCGCUCCGUAUUACCACGACCCUCCCACCCUCUCCUACUCGGCUUCGGCUGCCAUAGCGACGACACGAGUGGGCGACACGCGCGGCAUCGGGCACAGCAACACACUCUCGCCCAGGAACGAUGCGCAGCGCCCUAGCCAUCUGCUAGACGACGUUGACUCGGACUCCUCGACGCCCGCCUCGUCCACCUUCUCCGCGCCUCCCACCAUGUCGCGCCCUGGCCACAACCACUCUCUCCACGCCCUCACGCCCUUGACCAGCUCAGACUCUUCUCCGCCUGGCAAGCUGCCCAGUCCGCGCUCUUCCAAGCUCUCGCAUGAGACGAUGCACGCGACCUCAUCCUCUAUACACGCGGCGCCAUCGAGCGCAUCCACCAAUGUCGCCGAGACCAUCACACCCAUAAACACACCGCCCGAGACGCGGAGAUGCGUCUUCCCAGCCGACGGCGUGCUGGGCCAGCGCUCCACCUACGACGCACAGCUUGACCCAAAACUCGAUAGACGGGCGAGAGCGAAGGGAACGGCGAAAUACAGCACAAUACUGGAUAAGGGCGACCCGUCUCCUCCUCCAGACCCUCGUCUGGCCAUUGCCGGCUAUACCACUGGGAACUAUGUCAUUAAGACGUCGUUUACAGGUGCCCCCAAGUCGAAGCUCAGGAUAGCGCCCUAUGUCGCCAAGCCCUACUCUUUCGACCAACGCAUAUCAUGCGGGCCAGGGCCUGCGACCCAGGUGGUUGUCACGGGAUUUGAUCCCUUGACGCCCGACGUCCAGCUGCGUGGCUUCUUCUCCACCUACGGCGAGGUCGAGUCCGUCCGCAACCAGGUACACCCGGACAACGGCAGCCCGCUUGGAAUAUGUCUGGUCAAAUUUCGCGACACUCCGCCCGGCCGCGGCACCACGGGCAUGAAGGCAAGUACUUCAGCAAAGCGGGCGGAGCGAGAAGGCACCAACCAGCGCCUUGCCCAGCAUAUAAUCAAAGUGCAGUCUGAUCGCGAGGGUCGAAGAUGUUCAAAAUUGGUGGAUAUGGCGGUGCAGCAAAGUCGCAAGGAAGAAGAGAAGCUGCGAGCAAAGUAUGCUGCGAAACCAAUCGGCUCUGCAAUCCCUACUGCUCCUGCAAAUUUCGACUUGCCAGCCAACGUGCCAAAAGGCCCCUCUGGAAAGGGCGCCCGUCCGCCGAUAACGAUACCUCGAGAACCGAUGACACGAAAAGCCGCACUUUCGUACCUAAUCGAACGCGAGCCGAUCAAGCCUACGCUGAAACGAAAGCCGUACAUCUUCAUUGCGCACGCAUACGUACCCGUUCUCAGCACUACAAUAGAGCACCUCAAGAAGCGGUUAAAGAAUUUUCGGUGGACUGCGGUGCGAUGCGACCAAACUGGCUACUAUGUGACGUUUGAGGAAUCCAAGCGCGGCGAGGACGAGACUGUCCGAUGUUACAAGGAGUGCCACAUGCAGGCUCUGUUCACAUAUGUCAUGAACAUGGAGUGUAAUCAAUAUGGCGACCCCAACUACGAGCGAAGUCCUAGUCCUGAGCGUGUAAUGGCGGAUAAGAAGCGAAAGGCCAUGGAAAAACGGAUAGAACAGGAAGAAGCAGACGAUCUGGAGUGGGAAAAGAAGCAGAGAGCAGAUUCGCUGGAUCCGGUACGGGCUGCUCUGGAUGUUCUGAAGCAGGAGCUGCAGGAAAAGCUUCUUGGGGACAUAAAAACAAAAUUGGCUGCGCCCACCAUACUGGAAUUGCUGGACCCCGAACUGCAUGCGGAAAAGCGUCGCAGGCUCAACAUCCCAGGCCCGCCUAAGAAGGAUGAGGAUGUUCGUCCCCCAGCGCUGCUUGCUCCAGGCUUCGAUGCCUUUGGAGCAGGAACUCCGAGAGGUCGCAAUGGAGGUUUUGGUGGCCGUGGCGGUCGUAGAGGCUUUGGCGGUUUUGAUCCGAGCAUCAGACGUGGAAAGAAGCCUCCAAAGGUUGUCAAUGCGUUUGCGGAUGAGCGGAGAAAGGCCUCUGCGCCCAAGCCCCGUGUGGCUCGCGGUUUGCAUCGCCAAAUGAUCGAAAUGUUUGAACCUGAAGAGUCAGAUGAUGAAAACCGCAGCCAGCUGACACGCGGUACUGAAGAGCAGGAAAGCCGGCCUAUAAGCCGUGCUCCGUCUACAGAUAUUGAAGAUGAGGUGGAAGAAUCGUCAAGAGCCCAUCGUGCCAAGCGGCGCCGCAUUGAGACUGGUUGGGGUGAGGACAGUGACGAGGAGAUGGACGAUUCGCAUGCGAGAAGUUUGCUUGCUCAUUGCAUUCACAAAGACCCGGAAAACAUGGCGGAGAAAGAGCUGGAACAGGUUCUUGCAAUCCUGCCACGUUCAUCGCCAAUUUGGAAGAAGGCGGACAAGGCACUCAAGGGUUUCAGGAGGUUGCGAAAGAUUGAGCAAGAGGCGGACGUGAUAUUUGGCGUCGGAGAAAGCCCGAUGGACAAGAUGGAGCCCGAAGUUGUCGUUACCCAGGACGACGAAGCACUGAAGCCUAUUGAGACUACCGAACCUGCCGAGACACUCACAUCGCUCAAGAAGAAGGCCACCAAGCCGAAGAGGAAGACCAAGAAGCAACUCCAAGAAGAAGCCAAGGCUGCGAAGCUGGAAGCCACAGAGGCCGAAACACCUGCAGAAGAUGAGGCGCCUGAAGUCAAGGAUGUCAAGGAGGUUGCCGAGGAAGCAGUCAUUGAGGAAACCACCCCGGAGCAAGAUGAGCGGGCUUCUUCUGUCUGCUGGAGCGUAUCUCAUGACAUUCCUCGCAAGACGGUUGAGGACGACUUCAGUGUUGUCAUGGAUAUUGACGGCUGGCAGCAUCUGCUCAAGGAUGAAGAAGAUUUGCGUCUUCUCAAGGUGGCGAUGGAGUUGACCACUCCGGCCAAUAUUGGAGACGCGCAGUCAUGGGCCUGGAAGCAAAAGUCCAUCAAGCAUCUCAACCGCGGCGGCCAGGAAGGCGUCUCCCGUACCGAGACCAAGAUUGAAGGCUACUAUGUUCCCAACCCGACCGGCUCGGCUCGUACAGAGGGCAUCAAGAAGAUUCGCGAGUCUGAAAAGUCAAAGUACCUACCGCACCGCAUUCGCGUGCAAAAGGAGCGCGAAGAACGCCAACGCCGUGCCAAGCAAGAAGAACGAAGCGUCGUGUCUGUCGAAGGCUUCAAAUUCCAAUCCAGCGCCAACAAGGCAUCAACUGCCAACUCGCGCGCCAACCGUGCCAACAACCGCCGCAUGGUCAACGACAUCAACAUUUCCAAGAACCUUUCUGGAGCCGAGGGCGACGCUCUACGCUUCAACCAGCUGAAGAAGCGCAAGAAGCUAGUCAAGUUUGACCGCUCCGCCAUCCACAACUGGGGGCUGUACGCGCAGGAACCCAUUGCCGUAAACGACAUGAUUAUCGAGUACGUGGGCGAAAAGGUCCGGCAGCGCGUGGCCGAUCUCCGCGAAGCCAAAUACGACAUGCAAGGCGUAGGCUCGAGUUAUUUGUUCCGCAUCGACGAGGAUACCGUUAUCGAUGCCACCAAAAUGGGUGGCAUUGCGCGCUUCAUCAAUCAUUCUUGCACGCCCAAUUGCACCGCAAAAAUCAUUCGUGUCGAUAAUACAAAGCGCAUUGUUAUUUAUGCGUUGCGCGACAUUCAGUCUGAUGAGGAACUCACAUACGAUUAUAAAUUCGAGCGCGAAAUCGAUGCUACUGAUCGUAUCCCUUGUCUUUGCGGUUCCAUUGGUUGCAAGGGCUUUCUUAAUUGA